AUGCUCCCCGUCCGCGUCCCGCUCGCCACCAUCACCGACCAGCAGCAGCUGAAGGUGUCGCCGCUGAAACGACUCAGCCUGGCUGAGAAGGAGAACACGCCUCCGACGCUCAGCGCCUCCCGUGUCCUGGCCAGCAAGGUUGCGAGGAGACUCUUACAGGACCCGGCCGAAGCGGAAAGUAAAGUCUCAACUAACCCCAGCGUGGAGGAUGAGCCGUUACUGAGAGAAAACCCCCAACGCUUCGUCAUCUUUCCCAUCAAAUACCAUGAUAUCUGGCAGAUGUACAAGAAAGCGGAGGCCUCCUUUUGGACGGCUGAGGAGGUGGACCUUUCCAAGGAUAUUCGGCACUGGGAAGCUCUGAAACCCGAUGAGAGACAUUUUAUAUCCCACGUUCUGGCUUUCUUCGCGGCGAGUGACGGCAUAGUCAAUGAGAACUUGGUGGAGCGAUUUAGCCAAGAAGUUCAAGUCACAGAGGCCCGCUGUUUCUACGGCUUCCAAAUCGCCAUGGAAAACAUACAUUCUGAAAUGUACAGUCUCCUGAUUGACACCUACAUUAAAGACCCCAAGGAGAGGGAGUAUCUCUUCAAUGCUAUCGAAACGAUGCCUUGUGUGAAGAAGAAGGCUGACUGGGCCUUGCGUUGGAUUGGGGACAAAGAGGCUACGUACGGAGAACGUGUUGUGGCCUUUGCCGCCGUGGAAGGCAUCUUCUUCUCUGGUUCUUUCGCAUCUAUAUUCUGGCUCAAGAAGCGGGGACUGAUGCCUGGCCUUACAUUUUCCAAUGAGCUUAUCAGCAGAGAUGAGGGCUUACACUGUGACUUUGCCUGCCUGAUGUUCAAGCACCUGGUACACAAGCCGUCGGAGCAGAGAGUCAAAGAAAUCAUUGUCAAUGCCGUGAGGAUCGAGCAGGAGUUCCUCACGGAGGCCUUGCCUGUGAAGCUCAUCGGAAUGAACUGCACUCUGAUGAAGCAGUACAUUGAGUUUGUGGCGGACAGGCUGAUGCUGGAGCUGGGCUUUAACAAGAUUUUCAAAGUAGAAAAUCCGUUUGACUUCAUGGAAAAUAUUUCACUAGAAGGAAAGACAAACUUCUUUGAGAAGCGAGUGGGCGAGUACCAGAGGAUGGGGGUGAUGUCGAGUUCAACAGAGAAUUCCUUUACCUUGGAUGCUGAUUUCUAAGUAAACUGAUGGGUGCUCUUUGCUGAUUUUCCUCCCCUUGUCAUAAAAAAAAAAUUCAGCAAAAAAAAAAACCAAUCAACUAGCUACACCACGAAUGGUCGUUAAAUUUGUUAUCCGGUAUCUAAACGUUCCGUAGCUACCUCAGUUGGUGCUUUUUUUUGCUAGUGGGUCACUAGAAGAAGAGAGGAUGUUUAACAACAAAAGGGAAGAUCCUGUCCUUGGUCACCUCUGGCUCAAAGCGCUCACUAACAGCAUGGAUCCAGGCUUUAUAUGAGAGGCGGCCCUCCAGCCGGCAGGACUAAACAUUCACUCGGCACAAGGCCGUCUCAAGAUGUCGGCCUCAUCCACUGCUUCCUGCGGACUCUCUAGAGUUUACCUAAGUUUGUAAAUAAAACUGGCACUUUGCACAUAGUCGAGGAGGAGGAAACCCUGCUCUGUUUGGUUUCUAGACCAAGCACCAAGUGUUCACUUUACCACUGCUGGCAGCUGAUUAAAUUGAGAAGUUAGUGCUGGGUAAGCGUGUGUCAUUUCCAAGCUUUGUGUGUUCUUCGGUGACUUCAAAUGUUUCUUCAUCAGCUUUGAAGUCAGCAGUCCUGUGCGAUCUAGGCAUUAGCCUGCUGGUGCUAGUCAUGGACAGGGGAAUGUUACCCCAGAGAUCAGGGCAUCACCUGCUUCAUGGAACCUCCAGCUCCGAGUCACUAGAA